CACAUUUGUUUUAAUGAUGGAAUCAUUAACAUUACUCUCAUGCAUCAUGAUUGCUCAGCUAAAAAUGUUGUCAAAUAAAAAACAGGGCCAGACAGUAGUUGAAGUGGCAAAAACAUUGUAUUAAGAAACUAUUGCAAUAAGAGAAAAGAGACCUCAAUACAGAGCUAGGCUUAAUUCCAAAUACAGCAGGGACAAGUGGGGAUUUAUAGCCAAGGGAGCGCCGGGUCAAGUGGAUGGAAACUUACUAGUAGGAAACAUCAGGGGUGGAAGAGUUCUGAUUAAACAGACCUAAUAGGAUUCUUGCUGAAGGCAGGCCAGGGUGGUCAGAUAUCACUGGUAGAAAACGAAAAAUUUGAUCAGAUAUCGACGGUAAUCAGGUAUGAAGGGGUUGGGGGUUCUCUCUGAACGGCUGUAGCAAGACUCUCACUACAACUCGGUGAUUCCAGGCUCCACAGGAUUGGAAGCCAAGGUCAAAAGCCUAGUUGGAAAGGUUUAGAGGAGCUUGACCAAAGUGUAGCCAAGGAGAGUUUUUGCCAGUGUAUUCACACUGUGUGUGGGUCUUAAGUACUACCCUAAUUUACCAGUGAGGGGCUUCCCAUCAGAGCAGUGUCACCAUCUUUUCGGUGGGACAGCAGUCACAGAGAAGGCCCACUGUGGAGAGGUAAGUAACUGGCUUUCUUUAGCAUGGGAAAGGACGGACAGUCCUGAUUUUCUUUCAAUUUUCCUCAGCUAUAUUGAUCUGACCCCCAAAUUACGUAAGAUCUGCAGUGAUAAAAGUAUAACCCAAAAAAACUCACUGCCUGUAUUUUACCACUUAUACCCCCGGCAUUAUUAUCAACAAUUGUCUUAAUACAAGUUUGGAGGCGAAAAAUGUUGCACACCAAGUAUGCAUACAAAGGAUCCAAACACAUUGAGCAGCAAAAUUCCCAAAGCAGGCACUCCCGGGGAUCUGCAGGAGCGGUCCCGCUAAUCUCGCGAGAUAGCAGCCGGAGAGGCCUUUUGUUCCCGCGAGAGCCCAGGGCUUCAGCUUCCCGUUUGCGGAACCCGCGGGGGCGUUUCCUGGGGCAACAGUAAUGGCGGCCGCGCCGUCCGAGCGGCUCUUCUCGCUGGAGCUGCUGGUGGACUGGGUGCGUUUGGAAGCCCGGCUGCUGCCGCCCCCCGCUGCCGCAGCGGAGCAGGGGGAGGAAGAGAAGGCAGAGGAGCAGGGGGAGGAAGAGAAGGCAGAGGAGCCGGGGGAGGCCUCGUCGCCGCGCGCUCUGUGCCCCGCCGUGGCCUUCCGCCUGCUGGACUUUCCCACGCUGCUGGUUUACCCUCCGGACGGUCCUGGCGUGCCCGUCCCGGAACGCUGGCCCGGCGUGAUCCACUUUGGUCGCGGCAAGUCUUGCCUCUUCCGCCUGCCCCCUGCCACCCUGCACCGCCGGCUCCUGCGGACCCCGCUUGCCACCUUGCUGCUACAGCUGCCCCCCGGGCGCCCGACUCCCGCACCGCAGCUUCUGGGGGCCUGCGACAUCUCGCUGGCCACCGCAGCCCACGGUGUCGUGGGGCCGGCCGCCUCCGGGUGCUCCCACCUUCACCGAGGACAUUUCCCCCUGCGUAAUAGAGUGGGCGCGCGGACUGGGGACAUUGCACUGGCCUACCGCCUUACUGACCUGGGAAGCCACCUGCUGGACCAUAUUGAGCGACCCCUCACCUUCCCCGCGACAGGAGGAGGAGCGGAGGUCAGCCCCCAAACCCCGCAGGAAAGACAGCAGCCGGCCUCACAGCCAAGCUCAAAAGAGGCUGAUAGGCUGCUGGGGGGGUUAGGAAUCCCAGAAGCGCAGAAGGAUUUGAAGGAAAUAGUUUUUCAAAGUGAGGGCGAAUCUGAUAAUGUGGGUUCUGUGGAGAAUGGCAAAACCAAUUCUAUUGUUACUUGUUCAAAUGCUGGCAAUGAGAGGAAUGUUAGCUCCCUAAAUAAGGAAGUCACAGAGUUGGACAUGGAGACCAAUAUAUUUUGCCCUCCUCCUUUGUUUUACACUAACUUGACCCAAGAAAAACCACUUCCUGCGCAGGCUAGAAUCACCAUUGAGCCUCAAAUGAAUGUACCUGAGGAAAUGCUUGGUGCGUCUCCUGAAAAAAACUAUAUAAAUCCCCCAACACACAGGAGUUGUCUAAAAUAUCCAAGUUCUGCAACACAUGAGCAUCCUCCAAUGCUUGUAAAUCCUCCACAUAUUCAGGAUAUAGGAGCAAUUAAUCAAACAUGUCAAACUGAACAAAACAGAAUUAAUACAAUAAGGCAGUUGCCUUUGUUAAAUGCUUUGUUAGUUGAGUUGUCCUUGUUAUAUGACCAACCUGUGACAAGUCCUGCUCAAAUACAUCCUCACCUAGCCUGGUUAUAUAAGACUGAGGAGAAGUCACCAGAAUCUUCUGCCAAAUCCACAUGCCAGUCUGAAUCUAAGAAGGAUAAACUUUCUCUGGGGGGAUGUGAAAAGUCAGUGAGUCUUCAUUAUAAAAAGAACCAAAUUGAAAACUGUAAGAAAGAUAAAUAUUCUGAAAAGAGCAGUGGAACCCUUCAAAAAAGUGUUACAAAAGGGAGGCUACUUUAUGGCUUAACAAAUACACUAAGACUGCGUUUAAAGCAGACAAAUCCUGAUAUGUUGGUGGUACAUGAAAAAAGAGAACUGUAUAGAAAAACACAAGCACAAAGGUUGGGUACAAAAUUCAGAAUUCCAUCAACCAAAGUUAAACUAUUAAGCUUUGCAGAACAAAGCCAGGAACCACAUCAACUGCCUAAAGAUAAAUAUUUAGAUUUAGAUGCAUCUUUUACUGAAAAUAGUGAUACCUCAAGACAAAUGAGUGUUUUUUAUGAUCCCAGCACAAGUAAAGAAACUAAACUGAAAUGUAAAACUGAGAAAAAGACAGUGGAUCGCAGUAAAAACGGAACCAAUGAUGUUUCAUUGGAAGAAAUUGUGAAUCCUGCAAAUUUCAUUAUUCCAGAAAGGCUCACCCAUACAAGUAUUUUGGGAAGAAAUGUGGAAAUGCAAAUCCAAAGUCCAUGUGUCUUCCAACAGGAUGCUGUUGUUGACAGAAUUAUAGAUAUUAGACAGGUCAAAAGCACAGAUAAUGAUAUUCUUAUAGCUGAUGUAAGUGAAAAUAGACCAGGUAAAAAUAGUUGCAAUGAAAACAUCUCAGAACUGAAGUAUUCAGAUGACUUGUCUAGCCCUUGCUAUUCUGAAGAUUUCUGUACCUCUGAGGACACCAGCGGAAGUUUAAAAGCUCAUGAUAGCAGUUCAAGGACAGAAAAUCCGAAACAUAGUCAAUAUACAAGCAAGUCUAGUGAAACAAGAUUGUCCAAAAAGAAAAAUAGUAGUGACAAGAGUUCUAUCCUUAGCCCACCUUUCUCAGCCGGGUCACCUGUACACUCAUAUAGAAAAUUUCAUAUUUCAAAGACUCGGGAUAAAAGUUUGGAGGAAGCAUGUAGUAUCUCUACCAGUGAUUUAUCUUCAUCACACUGGACUGAAGAAAAAGAAAACCAGAAAGAUCAAAUUAGUAUGCACAAUUCUACAGUUACAAAGAGUGGUCAAGACAUCUCUGUUCCAACAAGAGGUAGUUGCAAAUCUUUAGAAAAAAGCCAGUCACCAAGAACAUCCCAAGUGAGUUAUCUGCCUUCAAAUGUGUCUGAACUAGAACUUAAUGUCCUAGAUAGCAGUAUAUCAGAUCACUUUGAAGAAGACAAUGAUGAUGUUGGUUCACUAAAUAUUUCCAAGCAAUGCAAAGAUAUUUGUGAAUUAGUAAUAAAUAAACUUCCAGGAUACACAGUGUAAAAAUACAUGCUUUUUAAAAAGUUUCAACAAUCUAUGUGCACUGUUAGUGAAAAAAAUUUUAAACCUAUUUUAGUAAUUAUGUGAAUAUUUUUAAGAAAUAUGAAUGUUAUUCCUUUGAUGUUUAGUGUUCUAUUAAGGCUGAUGAUAUUGAUUAUUAAAUCACCGUAUAAACAGACUUCUUUUUAACUUGUUUAAUCAUAAGAAUAAAAGUAUAUAUUUCUAAACUGUCUCAAAGUGUCUAGUCUACAGUACAGAUCAUUCUAAAGCUGACUUCAUGCACACUACUGAAAAAAGAAGGCUAGUUAGUAAGGACAGUCUCAAAUUUUUCUUGGAACAAAUUAUUUAACAAGUAGAGAAGACAUACUGUGUUACAUGCAGAAAGGUGCAGAAUUUGUCUAUGAUAAAGCCCCUGCUGUUUUAUUAGCUUACAGUUGUAUGUAGAUAAGUCUUCCUUGACAUAUACAUAUCCAAUAUCCCCAGUAGAUGAAGCUGCUUUUUUAUGCCAUCAUAGCGCUCUGCAUCUUUUCUUUUUAAACCACAAUUUGUGUGAUUAUUUGAUUAAAGUUUAUCUUCCACUAGGCUUCAGUUCUGUGAUGGGUCCUUCUUUGUUUUACACAUCAGUAUGUUUUUGUAUCUAGCACAAUUACUGGCAUGUGGCUGCAGUACAAUAAAAACAUUUGUUGAAAAAAAUGGAGGCCAGGCAUUUAAAAUACCUAAUGAGAGGGUUUAGAAUUAAGCAGCAAAAAUAAGCAGAUUUCCUAAAAAUAAGCCUGCAGAAAAUCCUUACUGGAGAUAUGUUUGACUGUAAUAUUUUUGUUCUGCUUGAUAUAAAUAGCUUUCAGGUGUUCUCUGAAAUAUUUGGAAAGGGAAACUUAAAAAGAUAUCUUUCUAUAUAUAUCUUUCUGGUAUAGGAGUUUAGUUUAUUUUCAUUUCAGUUUGUUCAAUGGUUAUUUUUAGUGUAUGAAAAUUUGUUUUUGUGAAAUCCAAUGAUCAUUUAUAAUUUAUUCCGUUGGUUUUAUAUUUAGACUUUAUUCUGUGUUCAAAUAUUUACAUAUAUCUUGUUUUAGCUGUGUUAUACUUUAAUUUUUAGACUUUUUAAUAUAUAUAAUUUUGAAUGUAUGAAAUGAAGUUCUAAUUUCCUUUCUUUACAGGUAAUUAUAUAGGUAUUCUGAAUGAUCAAAAACACUAGAAUAUAGAUAGAUGGUAAAAAGAGAGAAGAGGAUGUUACAUUUUGGGGAGCAAUAUGAAUCAAAGAAUGAUGUUGGGAAUGAGCCUGAUAUAUUUAUGGGACAAUUUAAAAUACUAUCUUGCAUAGAAUGAUAGGUUCAGCUACAGAGUGGUAGAAAGAACAUUUGUUGAGUGAGGAAAGUCCCAGAUUACAGAGCCUCAAAUGCUAAGCCUAAUCAUAAAGUUAUCAGCAAUAGGAACAACAGAUUAUUUUAGGUUAUAAAUGAGCACUAGUAAGUAGUCAUGACAUUUUGAAUAUUUUAAAUUAUUGAAAAUACUAUAGGCAGAGAAAUUAUAUCAGGUAAAGUUUUGAAAUAUGAAAGGCUAGUGGCUAUGAUCUUAAUUUUUUUAAAAACAUAAAGCAUAUAGUAUAACAUUUCAUAAAAUCAAAAUAUUUUAAUGCCAGGUAUUGUCACUAGAUGUUUAAUAAUGUCAACUGUGUAAAUUGUUUAAUAGCAAUUUGUCAUUACUAUGAAGAGACAAUAAAAAUAUAAGCAAUAUCAGAAUCAUCAAAGAAAUAAUUCCUUAGAAACCAAUGUUUUAUUUGGUUGAAAGUAAGUCAUUGUCUGUGAUAAGAAUAGGUAAGGAAAAUGAUUAUUGCAGCAUGUCUAAGGUACAAAGCACUAAUGCACUUUAAAUUACAAAGCUGAGUAGCUGAAUCCACUUCUCUUUGAGUUAAUCCACGAAUGCUUAUUUCUAGAAUUGUGAUGUUUCUUCUAGCCUAACUCUAGUGAGGGUAUCUGUUUUCAUGUAUUUAGUGCUUCUGUUAGUCUACAAAUUCUAGUCCAUGUUUUAAUUCUACAAUCUAUAAACUUAGUUUUAAAUAAUUUUGUAAUGGAUAUUAUGCAUGAAGCCUUAUUUGUUUCCUUAAUUACUUAAAAUCAUUGAAACACGAGAUAGUAUUUCAAGUCACAAAUAAGGGAGACUGUCAUUUCAUUGUAAAACCAAGCUAUUGCAAACCUUCUAAAAGGUCUGAAUAGCAUGGGUAUUGAAACCGCUGUGGACAAGCUGAGUGGGGGAGGGUCUAAAAUGCAAAGUGAGCCACAGAAAAGAUGUUAAAACCUACCUGUAUGCAAUGUUGAAUGUUUACAGCUUAGAAAGAAGCCAUCAAUGAUCAGUCCUCUGAACCGUUACCCUAAACCUUUGCAGAGAGUUGUGCAGGCGCAUACAGCAUGUUGGGUUUUUCUCCUUCAGUCAUAUGCAUGCUAUUGAUGACAUUUUCAGAUGCAAAGAACAAUGAUAUUAAACUUCUAUCAUGCAAUUCUUAUGGCUUCCUACUUAGAGCUACCCCUUUACAUGUCAAUUAAUUUAGAUUUUUCUUCAUGUACAAGCGGUGAAUUUAGUAUGGAAUUAUAGUUAGAAACCAGACUUCUAUUGGUAGCAAAAUAUAGGUCAAGACUGUUAAUUUAAAAACCCAGCUUUUAAAUUACCACACUAUGUUGUUGGCAAGGCAAAUAAAUUUCAUAACAAAGCAACAUAUAGAUACUAUUUAAAUUUGCUCCAUCAAACUGUCCUUGGGCCUAGAGAAAGUGAUUCUUCAGGCUGUUUAUGCUUUAAUUUGGAUUUAAAUAUUUAGGGAGUUCUACAGAAUGACAGUAUAUAGGCCAAAACUUGCUGAGUCAUUCUUUUCUUAUUUUUAGCCUAAAACAAUAAAAGGAAAACUUUACUUGGUCAAGGACCAAGGCUUUCUUAAGUGAUUUUCUCUGGAGACCUAACUGUCGUGCCAGAGGUAAGAGACUUCAGGAUGAUCUUCAUUAGCUUUAGGUGCCAAGCCAUAGUGUUAGAAGUAUUUCCUUAUUUUAAAAACUCUUCUCGGAUCUCUGUUAUACUGAGCUAUACUAAUUCUAGAAAAAGAAUUUGAAAACUUAGAUAAGAGGUUUUGCCUCAAAAUUGUGUACCAAGAAAUAUUAUAAUAUUUCCUUCCAAAAUUGCACUGAAGUGACAAAUGUGAAAACAUGAAUGCACCCAACGAAGCCCUGGAAAACGGGAAAAAUGCUGGUGGUGGACAAGAUGGCUUGAGGAACUGCUGGAAGAGACAGAGCAGUUGGGAUCAUGUUGACGAAAACUUGAUUACAAAUCCAUUCUUCAACACAGCCCCAUGAGAGUGCUUCUGGAGAAAUGAGAAGGUAGUAUUUUCCAGCAGAGCCUCAGACAAAUUCAAGGUGGUCAGCAGGGCUUGGGCAUAGGAGCAGGUUAAGGGACAACUGAGGGAAAAGCAGAACCCUAAGGACAGGGAAGAAGCUGGGGUGGGCUCAAGGUUAUCUGCUAGAAUAGGUAUUGGGACCAAAGAGAAAAACUAUUUUUCACCUUUGACACCAAAACAUUUAAACGGUCUCAAUGUUAUUGGAGAGGCUGCUAAUUCGAGUGGCAAAGUGGUAUAAGCCUGGUCUUUGGAGGCAGACAAAUGGCGUUUUCGUCCUUGAUUAUUUUAUCCCUUGGAGACUUUCUUCAUUGUAGGAUUGGUUUCAGGAUUCAGUCAAAUAACGUAUAUAUCGUAUAUGACAGUGAAUGUGAGUGAUAGGCGAUGUGUUUAGUGGUAUUACAGAGACCGUACCAUGGUAUCUUUAUCCCAGCCUAGAGGGAUGUAUUUUCAAUUAAAACUUCAGUCAAGUAAUGAACUCUUCCUUCCAGAAGGUUUAAACAACUUUCCUAUAGCAUAGCAAGGCAAAAGAAGCCCGUGGUGACAAAAGGCAGCACAGACUUCUGGCCAGGGAAGAAGACUUUAGAUCACAGAGCAGAGCCACAAAACCCAGCAGAAGAACAACCCUUCUCAGACUAUUAAGCAAAGUGGAGCAUCUAGCUUUGUGCAGAGUACUCAGGAGAGGGGGUUACAAAACAGAAAGACCUUUCUGUUUGUUCCCUACCGUACAGAAAGAAAGGAAACUCUGAUCCAGGUCUCCAGUAAAGACAAAAUUUUCUGAAAGAGUUAAGAAAGCAGUUUAUCAGUGCUGGGAAGCAUACGUUUCCCUGCAAACCUAGGUAAGUAGCUGCUCCUAUAGAAGACGGUUUUAAAACCUCCUAGACAAUUUUUUUUU